AUGGAGGAAUUCAAAGGAGAGCUAAGAAAGGGACCAUGGUCACAACAAAUCAGGGAGGGGAUUAUUGAGGAUUUUACUCGUGCAGCCCAAGCAUGCAGCAUCGAGGAUUUUAACAUAUCCAUUGAGAGCAUAAGGAAUAUAUCCAGUGAAGCUGCUGACUGGAUCAUUGCAAGCAAGCCAGAGCAUUGGUCGGAUGCCAUUUUCAGAGGCUGUCGGUAUGAUCAUUUCUCCUCGAACAUUGUUGAUGCCUUCAAUAACUGGAUACCAACCAAGAAGGAGGGUUCGAUUGUGCUGAUGAUAGACUCAUUGAGAAUGAAAAUUAUGGAGGUAAUAGAAUCAAGGCGUGAAGCUUGCAAGGUGUGGCCAGGGCAUUUAACGCCUACCAUGGAAUACAAAGUGGAGGAAGAGAUGUUGAAGGCCGGUAAGAUGACUGUGCUGUGCUCCUCCGACACUGUGUUUGAAGUGCGGUGCAAUGCAAUUUUUGUCGUUAACCUUGCAAAUUGGGAAUGCACGUGCCGGAGGUGGCAACUUUCUGUCCUCCCUUGCAUGCAUGCUGUUGCUGUGUUUAACAGGACUGGGCGAUCUUUCUAUGACUACUGCUCAAAGUUCUUUAGAAUAGAAAGCUACCAGCUGACUUACUCAGGAACAAUCUUCCUAAUACCUGACAUGGAUACCGUUGAUUUGAGUGCUGGGGCAAAUUUAAUUCCGCCUCCCAAGCCACGUACAUCAGAUAAACCAAGAAGGAAGCGGUCUAACCCCAACAAGAUAACCACUCUUGUAAGACUCUGCAGCAGGUGCAAGCAAACAGGCCACAAUAAGGCAACCUGUGAAGCUCUGUUGUAG